AUGCAGUACAAGGUCCUUGCCACUCUUUUCUUCGCCGCCACGGCCCUGGCUGCCCCUGCGGAUUCUACUGCCACCGAUAGCGAUGACACUUUCGAUAUCGCGGAUGUGCCCAGCUCCGUUAUGAGUGUUCUGGCAACAGCCAUCCCGGAGUCAUGGUACAAUGAUCUCCUGGACCCGGCCUCCCUCUCCGCGAUAGAGAGCGCCGCUUCGGCUGGCACCUACCCAGCUUGGUACAACUCGUUGCCUAGUGACGUUAAGUCCUGGGCCACUGGACAAUUCGGCGCUGGCCUUGGUGGUGCCUCCGCAACCGCUGAUAGCAGUGCCACUCAGACUGGCUCCAGCCUCGUCUCCAGCACUGCCAGCCAGACCUCCUCCAACGCCGCCGAGACCACUUCGGCUUCCUCUGACUCGACCUCCAGCUCUGCGUCUUCUUCUCCUUCUUCUUCGCAGUCUACUGGUGGUGCUCCUGCUCCUACCGGGGGUGUUGCCAUGGGUGUUGCUGGUGCAGCUGGCAUUUUGGCUCUGGCUCUUGCCCUCUAG